AUGGGGGCUUGCCACAGCAGGAGCAGCGGCCGUGCAGCCUCGACAGCUCCGGCGACUGGCGACGGCGGCGGCAGCGGUGGCGGCGGCGGCGGCGGCGGCUGCGAAAUGGAGUACACGGCGGAGAUUCGGUCGUAUGAGACGGCCUGUCGGUUUGACCAGGAUCUGCAGUCCUUCGACGACGACCUGCGGCGGCGCACCGGCGGCGUCAUCGCCGCCCUGGCGAAGACCGGACAGACGGAGCUCCUCUCCUUCUACUCCCUCGAGGAGGUCGUCACCUGCCUGCUGGACACCAACAAAGAGGCCUUCACGGUCAUCCUCAAAUCCAAGAAGGACAUCUGGAAGAAUCCGCACCUUUUAAGCCUUGUCGAACAGUACUUCAAGAACAGUCUCCAGACUCUCGAUCUCUGCGCGGCCCUUGAGACAUGCCUGAACAAGGUUCGCCGCAGCCAGGUCGUCAUUCAGCACGCCAUCGACCGAUUCGACGAGGAGGACGAAGAAGACGACGAUCUGGACGAGAAGGAGGAAGAAGAAGAGGGGUCAAAGAUCCAUACAAGGUUCGGGAAGACUCUGGAAUAUCUGAGGGACUUUAGGGCAGGAGGAGACCCCUUCAAGGAGUUCUUCGCGGUCUUCAAUAAGGUCCGUGAUAACCAGUUAUCGAUGCUGGCGGCGCUGGACUCUCAGAUGAAGAAGCUCAACCGGAAGAUGAAGUCCGUCGAGGCCUGGACGAAGAUUUCCAACGUGAUCUUCGCGUCCACGUUCGCCGCUCUCCUGAUUUGCGGGGUGGUGACCGCCGCCGUGGCGGCACCGCCGGUGGCGGCGGCCAUGGCGGCGGCGAUGUCGGCCUCCCUGGGGACCGCCGGCAGCUGGGUCAACUCUCUGUGGAAGAAGUAUAAGGAGACAUUGCAGCAGCAGCAGGAUCUGGUCAAAGCCAUGAAUAUGGGGACUUUCAAGGCGUUCCACGAACUGGAGAACAUCCGUCUCUUGGUGGAGAGGCUGGAGAUCGAGAUCGGCUCCGUGAUGACUGCCGCCGACAUUGCUAUAAAAGACGAGGAGGCGGUGAGAAUCGUGGUCGAUGAUGUAAAGAAGAAUCUUGGUGUCUUCACCGAGGGGGCAGAGAAUCUAAGACGUCACGUGGAGAGGUGUACCAAGGAUGUGACUAGGGCGAGAGCCGUUGUGUUGCAGAAGAUCAUCGGCCAUCCGGGCUGA